AUGUCUGAGGCAAUGGAUAUUGAUGACUACUCGAAGGACGAGCGUGAUCGUUCUCGUUCUCCUGUUCGAAGAGACUCCCAUGAUAAAGGCAGAGAUUUUUAUGACAAGGGAAGGGAUUCCUAUGAAAGAAGGGACAGAAGCAGGGGUGACUACCGAAGAGACAGAGGUUAUGGUAGAGACAAUCGUUCUUAUGGUGGAAGAGACAGGUACAGUGGAAGAGACAAAGGUUAUGGAAGAGAAAGAUAUUCUAGAGACAGACCUUAUGACAGAGACAGAAGACCUGCACCAUCCUACUCCAAAUUCGGUUUAUUUGCUGAUAAGACCAACAGAAACUAUUCCAAAAGUAUUUUCAUUGGUAAUUUACCAUUUGACUGCGAGUGGUCUCAACUAGAAACUCAUUUCAAAGAAGGAAAUAAUUAUAAAGUUGAAAAAACCCAACUAAAACACAUUCAAUCAGAUUGA